CAUUCAACCCCCAGAGAAGAGCGAACGCCACCUUCACAGGCGAACCCAUCAUCCCUUCCCACUCUUCGGUGAGGCUGAGCGACCCCCUUCCGAAGAAAGCGCAGGUUUGUCUUCUGACCUCUUCCUCCUCGUCUGGAUCAUCCUCUGUCGUCUUCUGUCUCGUUUAGAAGAAGAGAGAAGGAAGAAAGAUCUCAUCUUGAGGCUCCUUUUGGGUUGUUUCAGCAAAAAAGGAAGCCUUGGAAGCAAUUUUUUUCUUCCUUUUUGUCUUAGGAAGACGGAGAUUUCAGAACAGAGAUCCAGAUCUAUUUUUCUGGAUUUUUUUCGUCAUUUUUGUUGGAUUUUAAUCAACCAAGAGGGCUGUUUUUCUGUACCCUGUGGUUGUUUUUUCUUCAGAUUUCUACUUCUUCUCUUUAGAACUAAAAGAGGUCACCUUUUUGAACUAAACCUCUCUGGAAACCCAAUUGCCUGUUCUUUGAUUUUGUUUUAGAGCCAGCUUGGGUUGUAUCUCGCCUUCUCUUCUCUCGUUCUGUCUCGUCUUUCCUUGUUACCAGGUCGUCUCUUUCUUGUUGUUCUUGUCAAGAUCUUCUUCUUCCUUUUGAGUUCCCUUUUUUUUUCGAGUUUCUCUUAGAUUUCCAUGGCUACGGCUAUAGAUAUGUACCGUAGUUGUCCAUCUACCUCUGCAGACUCCGUCGAUGAGGAGCUCAUGAGAGCACUUGAGCCUUUUAUGACAAGUGAUUCCGCCUCCUCCCUCCCACACUCUCCUCCACCGUCGUCCACGUCCACCCUCACCUACCCCUCUCCCUCUUCUCUCACUUCCUUUCUUUCCCCUUCUCCUGUAUCCUCCCCCUCCCUCUUCUUCCCCUCCUCUAUUCAAAAUCCAAACUUGGAUUGCUACUCCCUUCAAAAUUCCACCUUCGGGAGUUAUCCCUAUCAAGAUCCCACCUUGGAUAUCAUGUGCCGUAUCGGUUCGGUUGGACUUACCCACCUCAGUCCUGCCCAGAUCCAGCAGAUCCAAGCUCAAUUCCUCUUCCAACAGCAGCAACAGCAGAGCCUCCUUGUCGCCAGGCAGUUGCCGCCGAAUCAUCACCGUCACCACCACCAAUCUACGGGCUUUCUGGGCCCGCGGCCUCAGCCGAUGAAGCACACUGUUUCCCCCGCCGUGUCGAAGCCCACGAAACUAUACCGCGGGGUGCGGCAGCGCCACUGGGGUAAGUGGGUGGCGGAGAUCCGUCUCCCAAAGAACCGAACCCGCCUCUGGCUCGGGACCUUCGACACCGCCGAGGAGGCCGCGCUAGCCUACGACAAGGCCGCCUACAAGCUCCGCGGUGACUUAGCGAGGCUCAACUUCCCGAACUACCGGCACGCCGCCGCCGCCGCCCCCGGUCCCCUUCACUCCACCGUCGACGCUAAGCUCCAGGCCCUCUGCCAGAACUUGGCCAAUUCCUCAAAAAGGGGGGGCGGCCCGCCGCGCAGCUCCACCCUCCAGUCCAACCCAGAGCCCGCGACAAUCGGCAGCGGCGAUCCGGCGCCGACGAUCGUGGAGGAGGCUGCGGCUAGGGGUGACUUGGUUUGCCAGGGCUCGGAGGAUAACAAGUCAGAGAGCUCGUCGGAGGGCGAGGACUCCUCGUCGGGGUCGUCGUCGGCAUCGGCGUUCGAGAUGCAGCAUUUGGAUUUCACCGAGAUGCCGUGGGACGAAACGGAUAACUUAAUGUUGCGGAAAUAUCCAUCAUGGGAGAUUGACUGGGACUCCAUCCUCUCCCCCAGUAAUUAGUUCUCGAUGUUGCAUUGCCUUCUGUAGGGUGUCGUCGUCUCUACCGGCUGCUGCAAAUGGGGUUUUAGACAUUUGCCGAGCUGCUAUGGAGACUCUUUGGUCUUCAGUACUGUUAGUGUCCAUUUGAGGUCAUGGGGUGUAGCUCUCUAGUGUAUCUUGUAGUUGUGUCCUUCCUGCUGGUUAUUUUUGCCUCAGCAGAGCUAGUGAGGAACAAUGUUGUAUUAUUGAUACCUCCGUUUAGUGUGAAGUAUGGUUUCUGGUGUGAUA